CAUCAUAAAUCCACGUGGAUACCCAUCAACGCCACCGCCCAUAGCACAGACAGAGAGAGAGAGAGAAGCAGUCGGAACAGCUUGGUUAAACUGCGGGCUCUAUAGCGGCUGUGUUCGGUUCCUUUUCCGGGGUUAGUGCCCUCUAGUGCUAACCCUCGGAGCCUGUUUCUGCGGCAGCUCGGAGAGUUCUCGGGCUCGUAGUCUGAAUGCGCCUUGUUGUUGGUCAUAAAUGUUCUUGUUGACAGCAUAAUUACUGUAUUGUGACGGUGGCGUCGUGUCUAUGAUCGAAAGGUUCCGUUUUAGACAUCAUGCAUGACAGCUAUCUUGUGGACAUUUAGCAUCCCCGCUUUGUAUCAGACUAUGGCAGUAUGUAAGAAUCGUCUUGAGUCCGACGAGUCUUCAAAGCACUCGUGCUUUUCCUCGAUAUAUGGAGGCAGAGAAGAGGAUUCGAUCGCUGCUCGGAAUCUUAAUCAAAGUUUCAGCUGGGGCAAUUCAUCCAGUAGCUCUUUAUUACAAGAAUCACCCACUGAUCAACGUGACUCUGACCCAGGCAGCCAGCUGUCCUUAUCUCAGCAUCUCGACUUUGAUGAAUUGCUGGAAGAAUGUUUCGUUUUUGAGGCUCUUCAAAAUGUACUUCCAGCAUUUGGUCAGAAUCUUGUCCGGGACAGCAAGGCAGAUGAAAGCGUGCAGUUUGACAACAAGCUGCCACCGUCUCCUAACUGCGUCCUGGUUGGAGGUGAACAUGUUUAUUUUUGCCCUGAUAACAUGGCAGCAUCUGAGCAAAAUAUUGACGCCAUCAUGUCUCCAAUACACUCCUGCUUUGCCUCUUCAUCUCUGAUGCAGUCUGCAAGCUCUAGAGACAGCAAAGAGAGUUUGACCCGAGCUCUUAAACUUGAUGAAAGUUCAAACUGGGGGUAUUCAUCCAUCGAUAGCCCACUUCCACAAACAUCCAAUGAUCAAUGCGACUCACCACCCUGUCUCAGCAUAACUUCUUCAUCUUCUCUAAAUGGGGAACACCUGGAAGAACGUUUAGGUUUUGAGGCUUUCCAGGUUGGUCAGAAGCUCGUCCCAAACACCAACGUGGACGGCAGCCCACGAUCAUCUUGUAACAGCAGCAGGUCCGAGAAAAUCCUCAACAUUCUGAACCGGGUAGCAAGCGAAUUUGAGCUGGAUGAACUGGUGAAUACCACGCCAACUCCUUCAAAUGAUGGGGCGCAAACAAAUUCACACAGCUCGCCUCCUGGAGAGCACUGGUCACCCCCAGAUGUCCCCCCCGUUAGAAAGCUGUCUGUAAAUGGCAGCAAGGAAUCUUCAGUUUCUAGAGACCAAAAUAAAUAUGUACUAGUCCUAGAAAAACUCAACAGCAACAUUGUUGGUGAGGGUUUAGAGACGGACAGUCUCAAGUUUGAGCCCACGCAGGACCGAGAGAUGAUCGACAGCCUGAAAGCGGCACCUCAGGAUCCCACUGAGCCUCCAGCAGAGAGACAGACAGUCAGAGGAGUGCACCCUUCUGAUCAUGAUGUCAAACACACCACGCAGCAUCAAGUGGACUACAGCCAAGAGAAGAAAUCUCACGAAAUACAGGCAAAGGAAGACAAAAGCAAAGAAGCAAAAAUAAAACUAGAAGAAAGUGACAUUUGCACCCGAGAACCGGACGCCAGCUCCCCCAGAGUGUCGAAGACCACUAGAAUUAUUGUAGAUGCUCUUGCGAAUUUAUGCCGCAGAACCAAAAAACAAGUUGAACUUGACAAGAAACUUGGCUUUCGUUUGCUUCCUUUCAAAAGUCGAAUUAGCAGACAUGAGCUCCUCGAUGAGAGCCUAGAGCAGCGUUUGAGCCUCAAUGAGCAGCCAGUCAUUCUGCACAGACAAGGCUGCGUGGCGUCACUUCCCAAGUGGGCAUGCCCGAGCCAGCCUGACUACCUGGAGCACGGAGGAUCCCGAACCAGGAGCAGCUUCCCUGUGGAGACAGUGCAGAGCAGCUCAGCGGCCCCGCGUGGUUCUCGUCCACAAGCAACAAACACAAAAGUGGACAGGAAAAAUGCUCUUUAAAGGCGCACAGAUUUUAUUACCAGAGAGAGCACAAUAAAAAGUAUUUUUUGAUUGAAUUAGUCAAACUAGAAAAUGUGUAAGACUACAGGGCUGUAGCACAUUGAAUACCACUUUGUAAAUGAUAAUGAAGAAGAGGAAGAUGGAGAUGGAGAUGGAGAUGGAGAUGAAGAUGGAGAUGAAGAUGAUGAUUAUUAGUAGCAGUAGUGAUAUCAGUAGUAUAUUAUUGCAGUAUUUUCAAUAUUGUAAAGUUUA